CAUAAGUCAAUUUGUAAAUGACACCACAAUUGCCAAAGCAAAUAACUCAAUAAAUAUCAUGGUCCUGCUGAUGAAGGCAAUGCAUUCUAAAACAAAAUAUUUCACUCACAAAAUGAGCAGCUGCAUCAUUCUUUACUUAGUACUACCAUUUUUCAUACUUUGCAGCUUUUCUCUAAGAUGCAAAGCGCUACAGGGUGACAUCGAUUGCUUGAAAUCGAUUAAAGAUUCAUUGGAAGACCCUUUAGCUUACUUGAAUUCUACCUGGAAUUUCAACAAUCGCACAGAAGGUUUCAUAUGCAAAUUUGUAGGAGUAGAUUGUUGGCAUUCUGAUGAGAACAGAGUUUUAGCCAUUAGACUUCCAGACAUGGGACUAAAGGGUGAGUUUCCACUAGGCAUACAAAAUUGCCAAUCUUUAACUGCUCUAGAUCUUUCAAACAACAGGCUACAUGGAUCCAUCCCUUCGAAUAUAUCAAAAAUAAUCGGUUUUACUGUAAAUCUUGAUCUCUCGAACAACCAAUUAUCAGGCGAGAUCCCAGCCGACCUUGCAAAUUGCUCUUAUCUUAAUAACCUCAAAUUAGAUAACAAUAGACUAGAAGGUCCAAUCCCACCUCAAGCUGGCUUGUUAGAUCGACUUAAGACGUUUAAUGUUGCCAACAACAUGUUGAGAGGGCAAGUGCCAAAUUUUAUUAAUGCCACUAUUCCAGCUGAAAGUUAUGCAAAUAAUCCAGGACUUUGUGGUAAACCUCUGCCACCAUGUCGUGGCGCAUCCGUAGAGAACCAUCAUACUAUGUUUAUUAGUGGUUUUGUGACUGGUUGGUCGCUUUUUACUUUACUUGGUAUAUAUCUUUUUUCCUUCGGUUUACUUUGUGUAAAAAAGAUGCUUCUAUUGAUCAAGAAGAGAACAAAGGUAAUGGUAAUUGAUGGAAGUGAAUGGCCUGGAGGAGAAGAAGUAAACAACAACCCGAAGAUUUUAAAGCUGGAGAAGAUUGUUACAAGAAUGAGUUUUAUGGAAUUAUCAAAAGCGACUUCGAAUUUCAGCCAAGACAAUGAAAUCGGGAAUGGAAUGCUUGGGAAAGUGUACAGAGCACUGGUGCCAAAUGGAUGGACAGUUGCCAUAAAGAGGCUCCAAAGUUCCGAGAAUUUGGAGGAAGAGUUUGUUUCCGAGAUUACAACUCUAGGUAGUCUGAGGCAUCCGAAUUUAGUCCCUCUAAUCGGCUUUUGUUCUGAGAGGGACGAGCUACUUCUUGUUUACAAGUACAUGCCUAAUGGAAACUUACAUGAGUGGUUGCACUCAACCGACGACAAGGCAAGACUCUUGAAUUUUCCUCUAAGGGUUAAAAUUAUUUUUGGCGUCGCGAAAGCCUUGGCUUGGCUUCAUGAUGGUGGAAAAUUCCAUGUUGUACAUGGUAGCAUAAGCACACAAUGCAUCUUGCUCGAUGAAAAUUUCGAUCCCAAGUUAUCCAAUUUUUGGGAGGCAACACUUGCAAAAACAAAUGACAUAGAUUCGAACUUGAGUCUACUGCCAAUAGUUGAGUCUUUAGACUUUACAACAUACAAGAAAGAUGUCUAUCGAUUGGGGGUUGUGCUUCUCGAGCUUUUAACAAGGAAAGAAUCUUAUGAAUUGAGUUGUUCGACUCUUAAUUUUUCCAGCAGCUCUUUUGCCAGUCCUCUAGAUGUGGAUAAACUCUUGUUAGGGCAAGGAUAUGAUGCUAUGGUAAUGCGGUUUGCUUGAACUUG